AAUAAAGCAGUUCGUGUCUAGCACUCUUCGAGUACGGUUCAGAACAGAAGUAAAUUAAAAAAAAAAUAACGGCAAUUAUUAGAAUUACAUUAACAAACAAAUACAGGUGUUUGAAAAAAAUUCAAGUUACAUUGAAUUCAAUUCGUAAAGGAUCGAUCGAUUUUGGAUUACACAAGGAGUGCGAAAUUUUCAGGCCAUAAAAGAAAAAUACUACUGCCAACAGACACACGCAGACAGGCAAAGUCCAACACAAAAUGAGAGCGAAACCAAAAUUAGAAUUCGAAAAGGAUGGAGGAUUUGUUAAAAUCGAAUCCUACGAUGAGAAUGAAGUCGAUCGCAUUGCCGAGUGUUAUGCGGGGCGUACGUUUUUCAUAACCGGUGGCACCGGUUUCAUGGGCAAGGUGUUGAUUGAAAAGCUCUUGAGGUCAUGUGGAGAUUUAAAGAAAAUUUAUCUUUUGAUUAGACCAAAGAAAGGCAAGGAGCCAAUCGAACGCAUCACACAGAUGUUGGAUAAUGUGCUAUUCGACAAACUAAAAGAACUGCGUAGCUUGGACUGGAUACUAACUAAACUUGAGGCCAUACCUGGCGAUGUGAUGCUACCGAAACUGGGCAUCUCGCAUGAGGAUGCCGAAAAGCUGCGCAACGAGGUUAGUGUGAUAAUGCACUGUGCCGCCACAGUAAGAUUUGAUGAACCUUUGCGUCGUGCCGUCUUAAUGAAUGUCCGUGGCACCAAAUAUAUGCUCGAACUGGCAACCACAUUUAAAAAGCUUGACGCAUUCUGUCAUGUCUCCACGGCCUAUUGCCAUUUGCAUGUCAAGACCCUUUACGAGAAACCGUAUGACCCGCCAGCCGAUCCCCAUUCCGUUUUGAGCGUCUGUGAGUGGUUGAGUGAUGACGAUAUCAAUGCUCUGCAAAAGAGGAUUUUGGGUGACAUACCGAACACCUAUGCCUACACCAAAUCCCUGGCCGAGGCAUUGGUGGCAGAGACGUUUGACAAGUUGCCGACCUGUAUCCUCCGACCAUCGAUUGUCAUACCCAUUUGGCGUGAACCGGUGCCCGGUUGGACGGACAACAUAAAUGGACCGACCGGUCUGCUAAUCGGAGCCGGUAAAGGUGUCAUCCGCACCAUGUAUUGUCAGGAGAGUGGUUAUGGUGAUUUCCUGCCCGUCGAUAUAGCGGUGAAUGCCAUGCUCGUUGCUACCUGGCGUUUCUUGACACCCGAAUAUGGCCUGAAAGAGAAUCGUGUAGCCCACAUGACCAGCUCGAAUGAAAUCAAGGUCACGUGGUCGGAAAUUAUUGAAAUUGGUCGUUGGGUUAUUGAAAAUCGUGUACCUCUGAAUGGUGUGGCAUGGUAUCCGGGUGGUUCGAUGAAAUCAAAUUACAUUCAUCAUUGGAUAUGUCUGAUCUUGUUCCAUUGGAUACCGGCAUUGUUGGUGGACUUCUUGUUGGUAUUGCUUCGCUAUCCGCCGGUUUUAAUACGGGUCCAAAAACGCAUUCAGAACGGUUUCUCCGUUUUCGAAUAUUAUGCCAAUAACGUUUGGAAUUUCGACAAUCAGGAGGCGAUAAAACUACGGCAGAUUAUGAACAAUCGAGAACGGAUGACGUAUUGUAUUGAAAAGAUGGAAGUCGAUUUGUAUGAAUAUUUCACCAAUUGUCUGCUGUGUGCUCGUCGUCUGAUACUCAAGGAGACCGAUGACACAAUUCCAGCUGCCAAGAGGCAUAUGAGAGUGAUGUGGUGGGUGGACAAGAUCUUCAAAUAUACCUGCUAUUUCGGUAUUUGCUAUUUUAUUUACCGGAAAUUUAUAGCUGACUUCCUUUUUGGUAGCUCCACAUAGUCCCAACUGAAUGGAAUUGAAAAAUAUAUUUCCCUGUUUAGUAUAUCUUUUUUUAUUAUCAUUUUCCCAAUGUGAAGAAGUAAUAAUAAAUUGUUUGUAAUAUAAGUUA